CAAUAUGGAGUUGUGUUCAGUAUUAGUAUGAGAACUGCUGACUCGUCCCUGGGAACAUCCUCAGACCAGUCACUAGGAGAGAGCCUGGUGGAUUCUCAGACUAUAUCUGUGGAACAGGGUUCCACGACCACAGACAGUGGAUCCACAGAGCCCAACAGUGAAUUUGAAGAUUUUAUAGAUCUAAGUGUUACCAAUAAAAACUUUGAAGUGAAGGCCCAGCAGUCGCUGUUCGCCCACCAGACGACGGAUGACUUGCUGAACCUCAACACGAACAGUAUUGACAAUAACCUGGACAACAUCAGCUCCGACUCCCAUCCUAAGCCUAUAAUUGCCUUUGAAGACAAUGCAGCCCGGCGACAGGAAGUCACAG